GCGCCGCUCGCUUUGCUUUUCAGUGGGGCGGUUGCUGCAAAUUCAACCUCAUUAACGCCCAGCUGUGCAGAGGGAGCAGACAAUGACUGCCCAAAUGGCCACCGAGCCCCCCAAAUGUUGCUGCUUCAACAUCAAAACAGCAACAGUCGCUCUAGGGAUCUUCCACAUGGUUAUGAGCGUUCUGCUGCUGAUUGAGUAUUCCCUGGAGGUGGCGAGUGGGAAGGGCUUCUGCAAAGACCUGGACAAGGAUUACUACAGAAUCGCUGAUGUCGUCACCAGUUUCCUGUUGAUCAUCAUGCUGUUUGUCAUCAGCUUCAACCUCCUCCUUGGUGUGGUGAAGAAGAGGGAACGUCUCCUGAUCCCAUUCCUUGCUCUACAAGUCAUGGACUUUCUCCUCAGCCUCCUGACAAUGUUCAGUUCCUACAUACAAGUCCCAGCGGUCGUUUCUGUGUCCUCCCUUAGCCACAUGCAGGGACACUCGAAGAUCCCUUUCCUGGCUCUGCAGGUGCUGGACUUCUGCCUGAGCAUCCUCACCCUCUGCAGCUCCUACAUGGAGGUCCCCACCUACCUCAGCCUCAAGUCUUCCGACCAUGGGGGCUUUUUACCAACCAUGGAGAAGUUACCAACAGAGGAAUAUGCCAAAGUGAUGGUCACCUUCACCAUUGCAUUCAUUGCUGUCCUCUUCCUGAAGGCCUAUAUGUUCAAGUGUGUCCUGAGCUGCUUUAAGUAUCUUAAAGCCAGCAAGAGAGAGGAGGUCAAAGUCGACCCACAAGCAGUUGAAAAGGCUGCGCUGCCAUCAUAUGAGGAAGCCUUGGAGUUGUCUUCCAAGGAAUCCCCACCGCCCUAUGCAGUAAUCUAAGCUCCACCCAUGGAAAGAAGACGACAUCUGUAUUGCUGUUGGUGCCUCUUAGACCCUUCUGUCAGAUCGCCAGCCUCAUUGAGAAGUCCUUACUUUAUAGCAGUGCCAUGCUUAUUCCAGUCCAGCUCACUUUACGAGCCUA